AUGAACGGGAAGAAAGACGAGGAGCCACAAGUGAAUAUGGAAGUCGAUGCACCGUCUACGAGUGCGGCAAAUGCCGAAAAUUCCUUUGUCACCUCCACAACGCUGCCCAGUGUGACCGUUUCGCUGCAUCCGCUCGUCAUUAUGAACAUCUCGGAGCACUGGACUCGUUUGCGGGCGCAAAAUGGCACCAAACAAGAUGUCUACGGCGCGUUAAUUGGCAAACAGCAAGGACGCAACAUCGAGAUCCUGAAUUCGUUCGAGCUGAAAUUCGAAGUCAUUGACGGCGACGUGGUCAUAAAUCGCGAGUACUACAACACAAAGGAGCAGCAAUACAAGCAGGUCUUCUCCGACUUGGAUUUCCUCGGAUGGUAUUGCACGAGUAGCAGCGAACCGACGGAAGCCGAUCUCAAAAUCCACAAACAAAUCUGCCAGAUUAACGAGUGCCCGAUUUUGUUGCAGCUCGAUCCGCAGUCACGCAACGUCGACCAGCUGCCCAUCAAGUUGUACGAAACUGUGAUCGAUAUUGUGCAAGGUGCCGCGACGAUGCUUUUUGUGCCGCUCACAUAUACGCUCGCCACGGAAGAAGCGGAACGCAUCGGAGUCGAUCACGUCGCUCGCAUGUCAACCAACGAAGCGGGCGAAAAUUCUGUCGUGGCGGAAAAUUUGGUCGCGCAACACAGCGCCAUCAAGAUGUUGCAUUACCGCGUGAAGCUGGUGCUGGCUUACGUGAAGGCCGUGGAAGCGGGAACACUGGCGCCGAAUCACGAAAUCUUGCGCGAGGCAUAUACGUUGAGUCAACGCUUGCCCGUUGUCCAGAGCGAGACUUUUCGACAGGAAUUUUACACGCAGUGCAACGACGUGGGCCUCAUCACGUAUUUGGGCGCCAUCACGAAGGGGUGCAACGACAUGAAUCAACUUGUGGGCAAAUUUAACGUCUUGUACGAUCGCCAGGGCAUGGGACGUCGCAUGCGCGGCUUAUUUUUCUAGAAGGCAAACGAUGAUUUUUUUACCAGUUUAAGCGUGUAUUCGAUACGAAAUGAUGUGAAAAUAAUAAAAUUAAACUAAAAU